GUUGUCAAGGUGAACAAGCUGCUGAGCGUAGUUCCCUUCAAAGGCAGAUACUCUCCAGAGACAGGAGACCAUCUAGUGGGCAGAAUUAUUGAUGUUGGACAGAAAAGAUGGAAAGUGGACAUUGGAGGUGAACAUGACGCGGUGCUUAUGCUGGGAUCGGUGAACCUGCCCGGAGGUAUUCUGCGAAGGAAAUCCGAGAGCGACGAACUACAGAUGCGUAAUUUUUUAAAAGAAGGCGACCUGCUAAACGCCGAGGUGCAAUCGCUGUUUUCGGACGGCAGCGCCUCCCUGCAUACCCGCUCACUGAAAUACGGGAAACUUCGAAACGGGGUGUUUGUUGCGGUGCCUUCGAAACUGAUUGUGAGAGCGAAAAACCAUUCUCACGACUUACCCGGGAAUGUGAGCAUCAUUUUGGGUGUGAACGGCUACUGCUGGAUCUACAAAACUCCGCUUUCUUCUGCUGCAGAUCAUUCUGCUUCCACGGCUAAGACUAAUGCAGAGUUGUCUUCUGCGGCUUCCGGUUAUUAUCAGCCCGGACAAGGUAGUGUAUCAAUCACGAGAUUGGAACAGGAGUCGUCGUGGGACAUUUACAGCGACAAGAACGACGCGCUCUCGGCCAGCAUCAAGGACACCAUAUCGAGAUACAAGAACUGUUUGCUGAGCUUGAGCCAGUGCAACAUCGGAAUCAACGAGGUGCGGCUGGUGAGGGCGUACGAAAUUAGUUUAGGGUACGGCGAUACAAACUUACUAUUUCGGGAAGAUGUUAGGCAGUCGCUUGGCGAAGACGUGAUCGCGCAAGAAAAAAUGCGAGGGGCAGGGUAAACGGGGAAUUUUUGGAGAAAUGUAUUUCCGCAACUUUCUCAUAUUUCUCGAAUUUGGAUGAUAUAUUAUGUCUUUUAGACAAGCAAAAAGAUUUGGCCAAAUCGGAGCCUGUUCAGCUAUAGCGCUGACUCUGGGAGGCCUUUAUGUACAAACCGCACACAACGAAACGCUUGUGGACUACAAGAGCAAGUUCCCGCCCAUCGUGACCGACGUAGAAAAGCCCCCCGCAAGAAAAGACUUGCUGGAAAAACUGGGGAAACCUGUCAGCACUCCAGCCGAAAAUUUUUCCGCCAGGGAUGCCACCUCCAAGUUUGACCUGAUCAUUGUCGGCGGAGGCGCCACGGGUACUGGUGCUGCCCUGGACGCUACUCUCCGCGGUUUGAAUGUUUUGUUGCUCGAGAAGAAUGAUUUUGCUUCUGGAACAUCGUCCAAAUCCACCAAGAUGGCACAUGGAGGUGUCCGGUACUUAGAAAAGGCCAUUUUCCAGCUUUCCAAGGCCCAGCUUGACCUUGUCAUUGAAGCCUUGAAUGAGAGAGCUUCCAUUUUAAACAACGCGCCUCAUCUGGCUCACUGUCUUCCUAUUGCCAUUCCCGUUUACAAAUACUGGCAAAUGCCAUACUUUUAUGCUGGCUGCUUGCUGUAUGACCUGUUUGCAGGUUCUCAGAACCUGAGAUUUUCCUACAUGAUGACCAAGAACCGUCUGUUGGACAAACACCCACAAUUGGACCCAGAAGGUCUUGUUGGUGGACUUGUUUACCACGACGGUCUGUUUAAUGACUCUCGGAUGAACGUUACCCUUGCCUUGACUGCAAUCCACAAUGGCGCUACUGUCUUGAACUACAUGGAGGUCAAGCAGAUCUUGAAGAACGAGCAAGGAAGGAGCAAGGGUGUGCGCGUCGUCGACUCUGAGACCAAUAAUGAAUACUUGGUUGCUGCCGAUGCCAUCAUCAGUGCUACGGGCCCUUACUCUGACGCACUGUUGUCCAUGGAUGAGUCGCCAUCCGGUCUGCCAGAUCCUGAGAUUUUGAAACGCCCAAAGAUGGUGGUUCCUUCUGGCGGUGUUCACAUCGUUCUUCCAGAAUGGUACUGCGCCAGAGACAUGGGAUUGCUUGAUGCUUCGACAUCCGACGGACGUGUGAUGUUUUUCUUGCCAUGGCAAGGAAAGGUUCUGGCAGGAACCACUGACGUUCCCCUAGACAAGAUUCCAGAGAACCCUGUUGCUACAGAGGUUGAGAUUAAUGAUAUUCUGAAAGAGCUGCAGCAUUAUGUUAAGUUCGAGGUUAAAAGAGAAGAUGUUUUGAGUGCAUGGUGUGGUGUCAGACCGCUUGUCAGAGACCCUAAGAAGGUGCACGCAGGCAACAUCAACUCCACCCAGGGACUUGUUAGAAACCACUUGAUUUAUCACUCGCCUAAUGGACUAAUUACCAUCUCUGGCGGUAAAUGGACAACUUAUAGAGAAAUGGCAGAGGAGGUCAUCAAUGAGGUCAUCAAGGACACUCCCGAGUUCCAAACCAAACCUCUGAAGCCUUGUUCCACCAGAAACCACAAGCUCGUUGGAGCCGUCAAUUACGACGACUCUUUGUCUGCUAGACUGGCACAGCUUUAUAAACUGACGGACAAAAUGGCCAUCCAUCUGGCUAGCAAUUAUGGAGACCGUGCUGCUAUGAUUAUUGGUAUGUUCAAGGACCCUCGGAAUGCUGAGCCUUUGGGUCUGACUAACCCGCCAACGUAUGCCAACUUCGAUCAUCCGUUCACUAGAGCAGAGCUACGUUACUCGAUGGCAUAUGAGUAUGCCAGACGGCCUCUGGACUUUUUGGCCAGACGGUGUAGACUGGCCUUCUUGGACUCCAAGAUGGCGUUACAAUGUGUUGACGAAGUUGCCGACAUUAUGGCCGAGGAGUACGGCUGGAGCAAGGAGCUCAAAAAACAAUACAUCGACGAGGCAGUUCACUACAUUGAACAUAUGGGAUUGGAGCCUAACGCUGAUCCAUAUGGAAAGUUAUAAAUAUUUUGCGACGGUUCGUUAGAUAGUGCUAUAUAAGUUCCUAAGAUUGAUGAACUCUUC